AACAGAUGUUGAGAUCAGCCUGUUCGAAAGUGUCCAUCUUUAUCACUGAUGUGCGAUACUUGCAUUGGCCGGAUCGAAAAUGAUCUGUGGAAUGGGAUAUAAGACUACCGAUAAUGCAUAGAACAUUUUAAAGGGAGACCAUAUCUUUACGAUCUUUUGAAGCUUAUAUCAAUGUUUGCUGCGGCUUAUUGAAUUCGAAAACCUCUUUUCACUGACGCACUUACAAACGCGGGCAUUUCGCAUCCUGCGUUGCUCGCUCCUACAAUUAAAACCUCAUUUGUCGAUGCUGGUUGUUAUCGUCUAUAGAUCAUGACACCAGACGAUGUAACAUAUGCAUUUAUACUUGUCAUCUCAUUACUCAUUGGACCAUUUAUUCAAAAAUGCGGAAAAGCCCGACCGUGGUGUUCAGCAACUGUUGGAUUUUUGAUGGUUUUGUUUGCUUCAGGAAAAGCUAUAUGGCAUUCACUACUUACGUCAUCCGUCUUCACGCUGACUUGCCUCAUUUUCCCUGCUAGAUUCUUACAUUACAUUACUGUUGUAUGGUGCUUUGGUUAUUUGGCAUUCUUCCGAAUGUGCCAUCACUUUGGAUUCAACCAACCUACUCCAAUAACAAGUAUGGUCCAACUCUUGUUAGUUUUACGUCUGAUCGGUGCAUCAUUUGAAAUUAGUGAUAGCUGGCGAAUAGACAAACAACUACUGAGUUCUGGUAUACAACCACAGGAUAAAAGUAAUCUUCAAUUACUGAAAAUGUACAAGUCUGUUAAACCAUCUCCCUUGAUGAUCAUGUCGUACGCUUACAGUUAUAUCGGUCUGUUUACAGGUCCCUAUUAUAAACUCAGAACAUUUGAAGAUUUCUGUAAUUGGGAUUCGGCAGUGUCGAUAAUUAAUGAAGAGCCACUUUCUCAACAUCUGCAAGAAGCACCUCCAUUCGGUGUGGCUUAUCUAAUAUUGUCUCAUUUUUUCACUGUUGAUUAUGUCCGCACUACUGAGUUCUAUGCUCGGCACUUCUGUUACCGAUUAUUUUACAUGGUGAUAAUAUUCUUCACGUUUCGAAUGCGUAUAUAUUUCGCCUGGAAGAUGGCUGAAUGUGUGUGCAUGUCAGCUGGAUUAGGUUUAUAUCCCAAAUUAUCUGAGCCAAAAAAAGGUGAAGGACCAACGAAUCUUUGUGCACUAAAUUUAUAUAAACAGCAACAAGAAGAAAAUAAUGUGAAAUUGAACACAAUGAAUUCGUCGAAUCACUGUCCCAAUAUUCAUGGUGCCCAUACUCUUAAUCCCAUGUAUCAUUCCAAUUUGAAAAAGAAACCAAGUAGUGAAAUAAAACCACAAACUACUAUAAUGUAUAAUUACAAUACAAUAUCUAAUAUAAGUGUAUGGGGUUGUGAAUUCGCUCCCACAGUACGAGAAUCAAUGAAGUCAUGGAACUGUUCUGUGCAGUACUGGUUGGCUUCUUAUUUUUAUAAACGCUGUAAUGCUCCACGAAACAUACGGACUCUGUGGACAAUGCUGGUUAGCGCCUAUUGGCAUGGUGUACACGCUGGUUAUUAUUUAUCAUUUUUAACUAUCCCAUUGGCAUUAACUGCUGAGUCAAGUUUAAAAAGCAUAGUAGGCUUGUGUGAAAAUAAUCUGCCUACUGGUAGUGUAUCAUUUUUAUCAUGGUUAUUAAAAAUGCGCGUAUUUGAAUACUGUUCAAUGGGAUUUUUAAUAUUAGACUGGCAAACAACAAUAGCCUAUUGGUCAAGCAUCUAUUAUUGUAUUCAUAUUAUUCUAAUUACACUUAUUCUUUUUGAAUUAUUUCUUCGUCUUGUAUUACCAUCUAGAGCAUUCAAUUUAGCAUCAUCAUCGUCGUCUUCAUUGAAAUUCUCUUCUGCAUCAGAUUUCACUGUUAACAACUCAUCUAGUCAUCAAACUGCUAAUCUUCAAUCUAGUCAACACUUUGUUAACAAAUUCAAGAAAUAAAGUUACCCUGUUAACUGCAAUUGUCAUUGUAUAACUAGUGUUAUUUAGAUGAACUGUUUCAUCUGUUAAAAACUUUACUUCACAAUCAAAGUUUACGUUUACUUUCAUUGUUAUUUGUAGUAUUAUAACCUUAAAUACUUUCUCCACCUUCAAAAUACUAUAUUCUAUCGUUCAGUUUUGUUCUUUUCUCUGUGUUUACGUCGUAUCUUCAUUCUAACCUUAUUAUCCAUUGCUUGCUAUUACCUUAUGUUUGUUGAAGUCGGCUGAUUUUACUAUCUAGUCCAAUUGCAUCUAUAUGUUGUCCUUCUUUUCACUUGAUACAACUCAAUGCGUGUAUUAGCCUUGAGAAAGAAAUUUUUGUACAAUCAUUAUCCAGUCUAGUCUCUUCUCUGUCCCACCCAUGAACGUAUAUCCAAUUAACUAAUCUUCAGUAAAAUGUUGAUCAGAAUUCGUGAUACAAAUUAUAUCUUUGUUCUCUAUACAAUGUUUCCUUUGUUAUUGUUGUUUAUAGAGGUGCAAUUUGUUUUGUGUUUAUUUUAAGUUACUACUUUUCGUCAUCAGUAGCUUAUACUGAAAUGUCAGCGUAGUUAGAGAACAGAAGUGAAUUCAAGAAAUGCUUUUUUGUGUUAUUUAUUUAUUGAGCCGUUUAAUGAGUGACAGUCUAUUUUUUUUUAGAUUCUUUUGGUCAGUUAAUCUGUGCAACAAUCAACCUCGAUUCACUUCAUCUGACUUUAUUGUUAUUAUUAUUGCUUUCCUUCCUAAAUUUCCAGUUUACUUUUUACUUCGGUUUUGACAUCUACAAUUAUUUCAGACUACUACACACCAGACACAAUGAAUGGUGAAAAAUAUACGCAUACAUAUUAUUACGUGAUAGUUUACUUAUAGAACGAUAACCAUUUUCCUUUUUUUUCACCGAAAUUUAUGCAUUACUGUAUAUUUCUAAAACUAAUUGCGUGUUUGAACAGAUUGUCUUAAUCAAAUACAUGACACAUUCAAAUUAUAAAUUAGUGUUGUUUUUAGCCAUCUUUAACGGAUGAACUA